GCACCUGCACAGGAUGCGAUCAAGUAUCAUGUAAAGGUAUUUGCUGAGAACUUCGUGACAAAAGGCCCCUAUAUGGCAAAGGAAGAGGAUGGAAUUCCAUCAGACGAGACAGACAAGCUAUGGGAAGACCUUUACCAAUUUGGAAUAACUCGGAUCAGCGAAGAAGAGACUUUAAAGCUUCCAAAUAGGACAACGGAGAUACCGACCAUGCCAGAUCAGUAUGUGGUGCAGCUGGAUGUUUUUCACCAACUUCAUUGCUUGAAUGCCAUCCGCAAAACUCUCUACCCAGAACGGUAUUGGGAUGACUUCGACGACUACUAUACGGCCGACGGGAAGAAAAACUAUACUAGCACGUCUGCAAAGCAUUAUGACCACUGUCUUGAUUCCAUCCGACAAUCCAUUAUGUGUCACGGCGAUAUUGCAACUGUUUAUUGGCAAUGGAUGCCUAUAAGACGCCAGCCACUACCACGGUUGGAAAUAACGCAUACAUGCCGAGAUUUCGAGGCAAUUCGGGACUGGGCAAAGGAACAUCAAUUGAAGGGUGAUGAAAACAUACUCCAGUGGCGACCUGCUCCGCUGGAGACUUUUAAGCUCUCUCCAACUGAAAACGUUGUCUACUGA